UUGAAUUAAAUUUCAUUACUGUAGUGAAUUUAAAAGUUUAACAGAAAUGUACCUAAUUGAGCUUUGACGGUUUAUAAGUAAAAUAAAUACGAGUAAGUAAAAUAACUUAGUACCAUUCGUAUGAUUCAAACCUCAAUAAAGAUUCGAAUCGCCCAGCUCUACUCCUGACGUCUUGGCAUUUGUCAAAUUAAUCCGUUAACCUCAAAAAUGGAUUUUGAUAAGUAAAUUGAUCCAACUCAAUUGAAGAAUAAUUAUUAAUAUUGUUCAGAAGGCUAUAUUUGUGCUCUGUGUCAGAAGGACUAACUUAAAACAUGACUGAAGUAAAAUUUAGUGCCAGAGCCUUUUGCAAAAUGAUUCUGCAUGCAGUAAAAUAUCCGCAUUGUGCAAUAAAUGGAGUUUUACUAGCAAAAUCUCAUGCAACUACAUCCAAGGAAAUUGAAUUUGUAGAUGCCGUUCCCCUAUUUCACAUUUGUCUUAAUUUAACACCGAUGGCUGAAAUUGCUCUUAUGCAGAUUGAUGAAUUUGCCUCAAGUAGAGGCCUAGUAAUUGCAGGGUACUAUGCAGCUAACGAGAACCUGCGUGACAACACAUUUGAGAAAGCCUUCAAUAAAGCAGGCGAAAAAAUUGCUGCAAACUGUAGUCCUGCAUACAUGGUUGUGCUAAACAAUACCCAGUUUUCAAGUGCACCUAGCUUGUCAAUUUUGAAAGUAGCCCAAAUUGUAGAAGGAAAUUUCCGUCAAAUAGAUGAACAAAAUAUAAGUCUAAAUCCUGCUAAAACUACUUUGGAGUCAUUGAAGACAUUACUACAAGAGAAGGCUUAUAAUGAUCUAAUUGACUUUGAUAAUCAUUUAGAUGAUAUCAGCUUGGAUUGGAUGAAUGUUGAGUUAAAUAAAAAAGUGGAAGAAAGUUUAUAGAUGUAUGCCUAGGUUUUUAAAUUAGACACAUUGAUGUUAUUGUUUUAAAUUUAAAAUUAUAUGUUAUAAUUUAAAAAUAUUAGUCUUAAAUGUGGAAAAUUGUGCUGGUUUUAAUAUAAGUUUAUCCAAUUUUUUUAAA